AACUUCAGUCGGUUGCCACUGAGACGUCAAGAGAGGUGGAGUGUGAUGAGAUCACGGAGCAAAAUCCCAACAAAAUCGCCAAUGAAAUAAUUGCAUACGGUCGCGAAGUGUGCUACUUUUCACGCCAUCCAACGUCCAAGUGUCGCGUUCAGUGUCAGUGUUGCGAGCACAAGUGCAUUUUGGAGUACCAGUCAAGAGGAAGAGAUUGCCAAGGGAUUGAGAGGAAGCCACUGCCAAUGCUUCAAUGGACGCAGCGGCGAUAAUAACGCAAGUGUCCCGCGAUGAUGAGCAAUUGAAUGCAUAUCCCGUCGACAAAGCGGAGAAUGUCGACGACAGGCUAAAGCCACCAAAGCGAGGCUUCUUCCAGGCGAUAUUCUGCUGUUGGCGACGAGCGCGGACGAAAAGCAACCAAAAUGGGACGCCGGUGGAUGGAUCAAUUACGCCACCGCCACUUCAGGGACCGCAGAAGUAUUUGCUGCCACCGGUUCGGCAUUCGGAUAUGCACAAGAAGUGCAUGGUUAUAGAUUUAGAUGAGACCCUAGUGCAUAGCAGUUUUAAGCCUAUCCCAAAUGCAGACUUCAUUGUACCAGUGGAAAUCGACGGGACUGUCCAUCAGGUGUACGUCCUCAAGAGGCCGCAUGUUGAUGAGUUCCUGAAGAAAAUGGGUGAACUCUACGAGUGUGUCCUGUUCACAGCUUCACUGGCAAAAUAUGCCGAUCCCGUGGCGGAUUUGCUGGACAAAUGGAACGUCUUUCGGGCGAGACUCUUUCGGGAAUCAUGCGUCUACCAUCGAGGCAAUUAUGUAAAAGACUUGAACAAGUUGGGGAGAGAUUUGCAAAAGAUUGUCAUUGUGGAUAAUUCACCUGCGAGUUAUAUCUUCCAUCCGGACAAUGCGGUGCCAGUAAAGUCCUGGUUUGACGACGUCACGGACUCUGAGCUGCUCGAUUUGAUACCGCUGUUUGAGAAAUUGAGCAAAGUGGAGUCAGUGUAUAGUGUAUUGUGCAAUUCGAAUCAGCCAACGCUGGAAACAGGCAGUCCGCCCAGCACAAAUGACGUGAACAACACGUAACAG